CUGAGCGGAGCCGCAGCCGCUUGUCAGUUCACACUGAGAUCUGCGGACACAGGAGAUAUCUCCGAUCAGACCAGCUCGUAUCCCGUAGCAGACCAGUUCAUACCCGUUGAUUUUUCUUUUGGAGAUAAUACAGUAGUUAAAAAUAGACAAUCAAAGAAAUCAGCAAAGUUAAAUACUAAGAAGAAAAGGGAGAAGAAUGGGGCAGAAAACGCCAUUAAUAUUGAUGACUUUAUUGUCUUAUUGCGUCUGGAGAGAUGAGGCUCUGGCCAUGACGGAGGUGAAUGGACCGGUUAGUCCUCAUGUGGCAGACCCUCAGAUUGCCAUGUUUUGUGGCCGUCAGCUUCUACACAUGAACACUGAGAGUGGACAGUGGGAACCAGAUCCUCAGGGGCGACAGGGAUGCUUCACCCAGCCCAGCAAGAUCCUGUCAUACUGCCAGGAGAUGUAUCCAGGACUGCAGAUCUCCCAUGUGGAAGAGGCCUCAUCUCCAGCGACCAUCCCGGGCUGGUGUAAGAAGGGCUGGGGUCACUGUCAGACCCGCUCCUUCAUCGUCGUGCCCUACCGCUGUCUGGUGGGUGAGUAUGUCAGUGAGGCACUCUUGGUCCCGGAUCGUUGCCGUUUCUUACACCAGGAGCAGAUGGAUUCUUGUGAGAGCUACGUGUACUGGCACAACAUCGCCAAAGAGGCCUGCACAGCUGACAGUCUGGAGCUGCAUAGUUAUGGGAUGUUGUUGCCGUGUGGUGACCGUUUCCGUGGGGUGGAGUACGUCUGCUGCCCCGGCAGGGCAGGAUCGAGUGGACGGGGAGAGACAGAGACUACAGACACUGUACAAGGAGAAACAACACCUUUCGUGUCAAUGGCUGGUGAAAAAGUGGUCACCAGUGUGAAAACGACGCCACCCACUCCCAGUCCCUCUCCUGAGACAGACAUCGAGGAAGACGAUAUGGAGGAGGAAGAGGAAGAGGUAGUAGAGGAAGAAGCAGAGGAAGAAGAAGAAGAGGAGGAGGAGGAAGGCAAUGAUAAAGAGGCAGCUGAGGUAGAGGAAGCUGAAGAGGAGGAAGCCACAAUGAAGGUGAAGGACCAAGAAGAGUAUGAGUAUCCCAUUGACUCUCAUUUCCAAGGCCAAGACUACAUGGACAACUUCUACGAUGACAAGAACCUCCAGGCUGCCAAAGCCUCCACCCAACCUCAAACAAGGAUGGACAACCUAGUGCCCACUCCUCGUCCUACAGAUGGUGUGGAUGUUUACUUCGAGAUGCCGGGCGACGACAGUGAACAUGCCAACUUCCUACGUGCCAAGUUGGACCUGGAGGAACGGCGAAUGAAACGCAUCAAUGAGAUCAUGAAGGAGUGGGCAGAGGCAGACAACCAGUCAAAGAACCUACCUAAGUCAGACCGCCAGGCACUGAAUGAGCAUUUCCAGUCUGUUUUACAAACCCUUGAGGAGCAGGUAGCGGGUGAGAGGCAGCGGCUGGUGGAGACGCAUCUGGCCCGCGUUGUUUCCACCCUGAAUAACAGCCGUAGACUGGCUCUGGAGAGCUACCUGAGUGCUGUGCAGAGCGACCCUCCACAGCCGGACCGUGUUCUUCAGGCUCUGAAGCGUUAUAUGGCCGCAGAGCAGAAGGACAGACGACACACUCUACGUCAUUACCAGCACAUUGAGUCCGCCGACCCUCAGAAAGCUGAGCAGAUGAAAUUCCAGGUGUACACACACCUGCAUGUGAUUGAAGAGAGGAUGAACCAGAGCCUGGCUCUGCUAUACAAGGUCCCUGGCCUGGCUGAGAAACUUCACGACGAGAUCCAGGAGUUAGUGAGAACAGAGAGGGGGGACAUCAGCGAGCUCAUGACCACUUCCUUUUCUGAGACGCGCACCACUGAAGAGCUGCUUCCUGCCGAGAGCGAAGAAGAGCGAGAUGAUGAGGAGGAAGAGGACAGAGCUUUCCAGAAUCGCCCCUACCCACCACGCAUCGACCCCCAGCCUAACGAAAAGAAAGUUUCAUCAGUGGAUGAGUAUGACUACACCACCUCUGAGAGAGGACCGACUUACGAAUAUGAAGAGAAGAUCAACACCUCUGUGGAGCUGAAGCAGGUGGUCUACAAGUCUCCAGGAAUCCAGAGAGAUGAGCUGCAGCCGGAUGUUUUGGAGACAUUUAACCGUGGAGCAAUGGUGGGGCUGCUGGUGGUUGCCGUGGCUAUCGCUAUGGUGAUGGUCAUCAGCUUGUUGCUAGUUCGCCGUAAGCCUUAUGGAACCAUCAGUCAUGGCAUAGUGGAGCAGGUCGACCCCAUGCUGACCCCCGAGGAGAGACAGCUGAAUAAGAUGCAGAAUCACGGCUAUGAAAACCCCACUUACAAAUUCUUCGAGCAAAUGAACUGAGGAGGGCUCUGCAGUCUCAAGGCCAUGCCCUCCUCUCUCGCCUCCUGUUUUUCGAUUGGGGUUUCCACUGCAACCCCCUCUCCCUCGUACUGUAUGUAUGACUAUAUGACCGAUGUUCAAAAUGUACAACAAACCUGGCACGUAAAUAGGGAGUUUGUAGUAAAAAGUUUGCAUACUACUCUCUCAUCAGGGAGAGACAC